AUGCACGGUGAGCCAUACGACCUUCAAAACCCCGGUCCCGAGAUUGAGCAUUGUAUUGCCGACGAAGGAAGCGACCCAGCAACCGAGAAUGAUUGGUCUCUGCUCCCAUUCAUGGCCCUAUCUGAUGGAGCACAUCUGUACGAUAUCCCCCAGUCUCCGACAAAUAUUUCCUCCCCUCCUCCUCUGGCGCAAUCCCGCGACGAGGAGAGCUGA